AUGGAGAAACUCCAGGGGUGUGUGUUUGCCCACCCAGAUAUCCUCUCCUUGGAGAACCGGUGCCUGGCCACUCUUCCUGAUGUGAAGACCAUGAAGAGGACACAUGAGCAGGUGUCUGCUCAUUCAGACAUCCUCUCCUUGGAGAACCAGUACAUCCUCUCCUUGGAGAACCAGUGUCUGGCCACUCUUCCUGAUGUGAAGACCAUGAAGAGGACACAUGAGCAGGUGUCUGCUCAUUCAGACGUCCUCUCCUUGGAGAAUCGGUGCCUGACUAUGCUCCCCAAUCUAAAGAGCACUGUGUCUGCCAGUCCUUUGCUGCAGCAUCUCCAGAUACCUCGCCUGGUGCAAACUGACCUGUGCAACCUGAACUCCAAUAACAGCCUGUUCUCUGAGUAUCCAGCCUGGAAGGCUCAGUGCCUCUCUGAGGAACAAGACCUUCUAACCUCCUCCAGGACCCUCAAAUCUACCUCUGCCACGAAAAGAGCUCGGGAAGCAGCUUUGGGUCGUUGGUUCUCUUCAGAAGAAGAGAAGAAGCCAGAAAAAAUAGGAGAAGAGGCCCACAUGCCUUUUUAUAGUCUAAGCUUGAGAGAGGAGAAUGUGGAGGAGCUGGCCCUGGAGCUCACCACUGGUGAUGCCAGAUCUCAUGCUGAGCCCACUGACUUGGCCCUUCAGGAGAAGAAGAUGGCUCUAAUCAGCCUGCUGUGCUCUAGUCUGGCAUCGAAUGUAAUUACAAAAGAAGCAAAUAACUUAUUCCAGACUUCCCUUCUUGAAAUUUGUAGUGAACUUGCCCCCCUGGAACCUGAGUUUAUCCUCAAGGCGUCUUUGUACACCAGGCAACAGCUGAACAUCCGGAAUGCAGCCAACAGACUUUUGGCCAUUGCUGCCUUCUUGCCAGCCUGUCGCCCCCAUCUACGACGAUAUUUUUGUGCCAUUGUCCAGCUGCCUUCUGAUUGGAUCCAGGUGGCUGAGUUCUACCAGAGCCUGGCUGAAGAGCAGAAGAGCAAGCUGGUGCCCCUGCCUGCCUGCCUGCGUGCUGCAAUGACGGACAAGUUUGCCCAGUUUAAUGAGUAUCAACUGGCCAAGUACAACCCUCGGAAGCACCGGGCCAAGAGACGGCCUCGCCAGCCCCCGCGUCCUCCUAAGUCAGGGCGUCCAUUUUCUGAGACACAGACAUAUUUACCAAAGAUCCUUCUGUCUUUUAAAGAUGAACAGAAGAAGUUUGAGGCAGCCUACAAUUCAGUGCCAGAGAAAAAGGAUCAGCCAAGAUUUACCCUGAAGAAGCUGGUACAGCGACUACAUAUCCAGAAGCCUGCCCAGCAUGUCCAAGCUCUGCUGGGCUACAGAUACCCCUCCAACAUAGAGCAGUUUUCUCAAAGUCGUCUCCCUGGGCCAUGGGAUCCUAGUAGAGCUGGGAAGCGGAUGAAGCUCUCUCAGCCAGAGACUUGGGAGCGAGACUUGAGCUUACGGGGGAACAAAGCUUCUGUCUGGGAGGAGCUCAUCGACAAUGGGAGACUUCCCUUCAUGGCCAUGCUGCGGAACCUGUGCAACCUGCUGCGAGUUGGAAUCAGUGCCCAACACCAUGAGCUCGUUCUCCAGAGACUCCAGCAUAAGGAGUCAGUGAUCCACAGUCGGCAGUUUCCAUUCAGAUUCCUCAAUGCCCAUGAUUCCAUCAAUAAUCUUGAGGCUCAACUCAGAAAUGAAGCAUUGCCAUUUCCUUCCAACACACAACUGUUGAGGCGGAUAAUGAUUAGAAACUCAAGAAAUGGCAAUAGGUGUGUCAUUCAGAAGGAGCUUUGGAACCCAAGUCGUCGGGAACUCCGGACAGCAAUGAUGAUGCCUGUGAUAUAUGAGCGCCUAAAGCGGGAGAAGCUAAAAAUACAGAAGGCCAGACAGUGGAAAUAUGAUGGUGAGAUGCUGGAUCGGUACCGGCAGGCCCUAGAGACAGCUGUGAACCUGUCUGUGUGGCACAGCCUGCCCCCACUGCCAGGCCGCACACUCCUGGUCUACCUGACAGAUGCGAAUGCAGACAAGCUCUGCCCCAAGAGCAACCCACAAGGGCCCCCCCUGAACUACGUGCUGCUGUUGGUUGGAAUGAUGAUUGCUCGGGCAGAGCAGGUAGAUCUCUUGCUGUGUGGAAAAGGCACUUUGAAGACGGCUGUACUUAAGGCAGAGGAAGGCAUCCUGAAGACUGCCAUUGAGCUCCAGGCCCAAGUUCAGGAGUUGGAUGAAAAGGAUGAAUAUGAAUGUCCUCUGGAUACUUUUGGGAAGUACCUGCUGUCUCUUGCUGUCCGACGGGUUCCUGUGGAUAGGGUCAUCCUCUUUGGCCAAGUUAUGAAUCAGAGAUUGAUAAAUGCAGCUAAACAACUUUUCUGGCAACACAUAAAUUCCAGAUGCCUCUUUGUUGGCAUCCUCCUACAAGGGACAAAUUACAUGUUACGAGAUGUGAACCCCAAUGAUGUGACACUCUCAGGCUGUACUGAUGGAAUACUGAAGUUCAUUGCAGAGCGUGGGGCCUCCCGACUUCUAGAACACGUGGGCCAAAUGGACAAAAUAUUCAAGAUCCCACCACCACCAGGAAAGACAGGGCUUCUGCCUCUCAGGCCACUAGAAGAGAAUACUCCAAGCCCCUUGGCUCCAGUUUCCCAGCGUGGAUGGCGCAGCAUCCAGCUUUUCAUUUCGUCCACUUUCCGGGACAUGCAUGGGGAGCGGGACCUGCUGCUGAGGUCAGUGCUGCCAGCCUUGCAAGCUCGAGCAGCCCCACACCGCAUCAGUCUUCGUGGCAUCGACCUACGCUGGGGCGUCACUGAGGAAGAGACCCGGAGGAACAGACAACUGGAAGUAUGCCUUGGAGAGGUGGAGAACUCGCAGCUUUUCGUGGGGAUUCUGGGCUCGCGCUAUGGCUAUAUUCCCCCUAACUACAACCUCCCUGACCAUACACACUUCCACUGGGCCAAGCAGUACCCCCCAGGCCGCUCAGUGACAGAGAUGGAGGUGAUGCAGUUCCUGAACCGGGGCCUCCGCCUCAAGACCUGUGCCCCAGCUCUCAUCUACUUCCGGGAUUCCAGCUUCCUCAGUUCUGUGCCAGACACCUGGAAAUCUGACUUUAUCCCUGAGUCUGAAGAGGCUGCACAUCGGAUCACAGAACUGAAGAGCUACCUGAGUAAACAGGAAGAGAUUACCUGCCGCAGAUACCACUGCGAGUGGGGUGGGGUGGCAGCUGGCCGGCCCUAUGUUGGGGGACUGGAGGAAUUUGGGAACAUGGUUCUAGAGGAUAUAUGGAAUAUGAUCCAUAAGCUUUACCUACAGCCUGAGUCCCAAAUGGAGCAACCAGUGUCCACCCCAGAUGAUGACUUGGUCCAGGCCACCUUCCAGCAGCUGCAGAGCUCAUCCAGUCCUGCCCGACCACGCCUUCUUCAGGACAUAGUACAGCAGCUGACACAGCCCCGAGGGAGGCUAAACCUGGUGAUCGGGCAAUCAGGACAGGGCAAGACCACAUUCCUGGCAUCCCUUGUGUCAACCUUACAGGCUCCUGAUGGGACCAAAGUGGCCCCCUUAGUCUUCUUCCACUUCUCAGGUGCCCGUCCAGACCAGAGGCUUGUUCUCACCCUGCUCAUACGCCUCUGUACCUAUCUGCAUAGCCAUUUGCAAGAGCCUAGUGCCCUCCCCAAUACCUACCGAGGCCUGGUAUGGGAGUUGCAGCAGAGGCUGCUGCCAAAGGCUGCUCAGUCCUUGCACCCUGGCCAGAACCUGGUACUGAUCAUUGAUGAGGUUGACAAGCUAAUGGACCAGAAUAGGCAGCUAAUUUCAGACUGGAUCCCAAAGACCCUGCCCCGGGGGGUACAUCUGGUACUGAGCAUGUCUAGUGACACGGGCCUGGGUGAGACCCUGGAGCAGAGCCAAGAUGCCCACGUGGUGGCCCUGGGGCCCCUGGAGCCAUCUGCCCGAGCCCGGAUGGUGAGAGAGGAGCUGGCUCUAUAUGGAAAGCGGCUAGAGGAGUCACCUUUUAACAACCAGAUGCGGCUGCUGCUGGUGAAACGGGGGUCAGCUCUGCCACUCUACCUACGCUUGGUCACAGAUCACCUGAGGCUCUUCACACUCUAUGAGCAGGUGUCUGAGAGACUCCGGACGCUGCCUGCCACCAUCCCUCUGCUGCUGCAGCACAUCCUGAACACCCUGGAGCAAGAGCACGGCCCUGAUGUCCUUCCGCAUGCCUUGGCCACUCUUGAGGUCACACGUAGUGGUCUGACCAUGGAUCAGCUGCACGGAGUGCUGAGUGCAUGGCAGACACUGCCCUGUGGGGGCAAGACCUGGGAAGAAGCAAUGGCUGCUGGUAACAGUGGGGACCCUUACCCAAUGGUCUCAUUUGCCUACCUCGUCCAGAGUCUGCGCAGUUUGCUAGGGGAGGGCCCUCUGGAACGUCUUGGUGCCCGGCUCUGCCUCCCUGAUGGGCCCCUGAGAACAGCAGCUAAACGUCGAUAUGGGAAGAGGCCAGGUCUGGAGAGGACGGCACACAUCCUUAUUGCAGCUCAGCUCUGGAAGACAUGUGACCCUGAUGCCUCAGGUACCUUCCGAAGUUGCCCUCCUGAGGCUCUGGAAGACCUGCCUUACCACCUGCUCCAGAGUGGGAACCGUGCCCUUCUCGCGAAGUUCCUCACCAACCUCCACGUGGUGGCGGCACACCUGGAACUGGGUCUGGUCUCUCGGCUUCUGGAGGCCCAUGCCCUCUAUGUUUCUUCAGUCCCUGAAGAGGAACAAAAGCUCCCUGAUGCUGAUGUUGCUGUAUUUCGUGCCUUCCUGAGGCAGCAGGCUCCAGUUCUUGGCCAGUACCCGCUACUCCUAUACCAGCAGGGAGCCAAUCAGCCUCCAGACUCACCUGUUUGUCACCAGGCCCCCCAGCUCUCCCAGAGAUGGCAAAUCCCACGUAUACUGCGAUGGCGUAAUAAACCCCAGACCAUGGGGGGCCAGGCAAGUUCCAGCCUGUGUCUGUCAGUUUCCUCAUCCCCCACAGCUGUGGCCUUCUCCAGCAAUGGGCAAAGAGCAGCUGUGGGUACUGCCGAUGGAACAGUUUACCUGUUGGACCUGAACUCCUGGCAGGAGGAGAAGUCUGUGGUGAGUGGCUGUGAUGGCAUCUCUUCUUGUUUGUUUCUCUCGGACACCUUCAUCUUUCUUACUGCCUUUGAUGGGCUCCUGGAGCUCUGGGACCUGCAGCAUGGUUGUCGGGUGCUCCAGACCAAGGCUCACCAGUACCAAAUCACUGGCUGCUGCCUAAGUCCAGACCGCCAGCUGCUAGCCACCGUGUGCCUGGGAGGAUGUCUAAAGCUGUGGGACACAGUCCGUGGGCAGCUGACCUCCCAGCACACCUGUCUUAAGCCCUUCAACUGUGUUGCCUUCCAUCCAGAGGGACAGGUGAUAGCCACAGGGAGCUGGGCUGGCAGCUUCAGCUUCUUCUGUGUGGAUGAGCUCAAAGUCACCAAGGAACUAGGGGCCCCAGGAGCCUCUGUCCGUACCUUGGCCUUCAAUGUGUCUGGGCGGGUUGUGGCUGUAGGCCGGCUGGACAGGAUGGUGGAGCUGUGGGCAUGGCAAGAGGGAGCACGGCUGGCUGCCUUCCCUGCCCACCAUGGCUUUGUUGCUGACACCUUUUUCCUGCGUGCUGGGAGCCAGUUAUUGACGACUGGAGAGGAUGGCAAGGUCCAGGUGUGGUCAGGGUCUCUGGGUCAGCCCCGUGGAUGCCUGGGUUCCCCUUCUCUCUCUCCUGCCCUCUCCGUGGCUCUCAACCCAGAUGGUGAUUGGGUGGCUGUUGGGUACCGAGCAGAUGGCAUUAGGAUCUACAGAAUCUCUUCAGGUUCCCAAGAGGUUCAGUCUCAAGGAGUACAUGUGGCAGUGUCUGCACUGGCCUGGCUCAGCCCUGAGGUUUUGGUGACUGGUGCAGAAGAUGGGUCCCUGCAGGGCUGGGCUUUCAAGAAAAGCUCCCUUCAGUCACUCUGGCUACUGUCCAGAUACCAGAAGCCUGUGCUGGGACUGGCUACCUCCCAAGAACUCUUGGCUUCUGCCUCAGAGGAUUUCACAGUGCGGCUGUGGCCCAAGGAGUUCCUGACUCUCUCACAAAAGGGAGAAGAACUUCCUUGUGGCACUGAGCUUCAAGGACACGAGGGCCCUGUAAACUGCUGUAGCUUCAGCACGGAUGGAGGCAGCCUGGCCACUGGGGGCAGGGAUCGGAGUCUCCUAUGCUGGGAUGUGAGGAUGCCUAAUGCCCCUGUUCUGGUUCGCUCCUUCUCUGCCUGUCACCGUGACUGGGUCACAGGCUGUGCCUGGACCAAAGACAAUCUACUGAUCUCCUGCUCCAGCGAUGGCUCUCUGGGGCUGUGGGACCCCAGGUCAGGACAGCAGCUUGGUCAGUUCGUGGGUCAUCAGAGUGCCGUGAGCGCUGUGGCAGCCGUGGAGGAGCAUGUGGUGUCUGUGGGCCGGGAUGGGACCUUGAAAGUGUGGGACCAUCAGGGCGUGGAACUGACAAGCAUCGUUGCUCAUUCAGGACCCAUCAGUCACUGUGUGGCUGCCCAGGAGCCACGUGCAGCUGGCCAGCCCGGGUCAGAGCUUCUGGUGGUGACUGUUGGACUGGAUGGGACCACUAGGUUGUGGCAUCCACUCUUGGUGUUUCAAACACACACCCUCCUGGGACACAGUGGGCCUGUCAGUGCAGCUGCUGUCUCAGACACUGCAGGCCUCCUACUGACUGCCUCAGAAGAUGGCUCUGUACGGCUCUGGCAAGUACCUAAGGAAGCAGAGGACAAAAACAGACCUAAGAAUCCUGUAGCCAUUACUGCUAUGGCCUGGGCCCCAGAUGGUUCCAUGGCAGUGUCUGGGAAUCAAACUGGGGAACUGAUCCUGUGGCAGGACGCAAAGGCUGUGACCACAGCGCAGGCUUCAGACCGCAUCAGUGCCCUGAUCUGGUACUCGGCACACACCUUCUUCGUUCUGAGUGCUGAUGAAAAAAUCAGUGAGUGGCAAGUGGAGCUGCAGAGAAAUUCAACAUCUAGAAAUUUCAGCCUUCACCUGAACCGAGUUCUACAGGAGGACAUAGGCAUCCUGUCAGGUCUGGGCCUGGCCCCUGAUGGUCACUCCCUCAUCCUGGCCAACGCAGAUUUUGAAUUGUUGCACGUAACACCAGGGAAUGAUCCCUCUGUAAUCUGGAGCUGCUAUACAGAAAAUGGUCUUGCAAUGUUGUCUACCCACAAGGAGUAUGGUGUAUUUGUCCUGCCAUCAGUGGCCCCUGAAGUUCUUUCUUUCUUAAGACAAAAGGAAUCAGGAGAGUUUGAAGAGAGCCUGGACUUUAAUAUCAACCUAGAAAAUCCUAGUGGAGCCCUAAUAAGGGUAACUCAGGCCAAACCUGAAUCUGAGUCCUCAUUUUUGUGUGCCAGCUCUGAUGGAAUGCUGUGGAAUAUGGCCAGGUGCUCCCCUGAAGGAGAAUGGACCACAGGUAACAUCUGGCAAAAUCCUGAAACCCAAAACACAGAAACAGAAUCAUCUACAUGCCUGGAUUUAAAUGUCAGCAUGGACACCUGGCGAAUAAACUUCAGCCUAAAGACACGGCAGUGUAGAAAGAUCCACUCGGGCUCUGUCACAGCUCUCCAUGUUCUGCCUGAGUUGCUGGUGACAGCUUCAAGCGACAGAGAUGUGAAGCUAUGGGAGAGACCCAGUAUGCAGCUGCUGGGCCUGUUCCUCUGUGAAGCGGCGGUUUGCUGCCUAGAACCUUGGCUGGGUCCUGAUUCUACCCUGCAGCUCGCUGUGGGGGAUGCACAGGGCAAUGUAUACUUUUUAUCCUGGGAAUGA